AUGAGCAAUAUAGAUAAUACACCAAAAGCUUCAAACAGUAAUAAAAGAGAUUUAUCGUCGCCAGAAGACCUUUUUGCGCCCAAGAAGAAUAAAUAUAACUUCAAGUCACCUGAUUACUCCCAACUAGAAAACGUUCUAGAAAUGUCCUCUCCAGAAGCGCCUCUAGCUCUUGAUGAAGAGGCUGUAAAAUCAAUUGCUUCAGCUCUUAAAGAGUCAAUUCAAGCAGAAGUAUGCUCAGCUCUAAAUGCAACAGUUGAAUCAAUAGUUAAAGGAGUUGUUGACGGCUUGCAAUUACAAAUUAAUACACUUCAAAAGGAAAACGAGGACCUAAAAUCAACGAACCUAGCCUUAACUACCCGUAUUGACGUACUUGAACUGAGAGCCGACGCUGCAGAACAGUACAGUCGCCGUGAUAAUCUGCGUAUCACCGGAGUAUCCGAAAAUAAAGAUGAGAACACCGACCAAAUCAUACUUGAUUUGAGCUCAAGCAUUGAUGCUGACUUAAGCUUAGAUGAAAUAGCGGUGUCACAUCGUCUCGGUAAACCUCGAUCUUCUGGAAAACCUCGCGAUAUCAUAGUCAAAUUCGCCUCCCGUCGUUCAAGAAACAAAAUUCUCAAGAAGCGAGCUCUUCUGAAGACUAAAGGCCACCCGAAAACCUUUGUAAAUGAAGACUUAACUAAAACUAGAUCGGAACUUCUGUAUGAAGCACGACAACUUGUAAAAAAUAAAGUAAUUCUCGGCGCUUGGACCACUGACGGAACAAUAAUCGUCAAAAGCAACACAGAGUCUAUACAUCGUAUAGUUUCAAAACGCGACUUAUCUCAGUUCUAUUCAUAUACUGUCGAUUAG